GGUGGCCGGGGUGGGUUACGAUGGCGGAUCGGACGGCUCCCCGAUGCCAGCUGCGCCUCGAGUGGGUCUACGGGUACAGGGGCCACCAGUGCCGCAACAACCUGUACUACACGGCGGGCAAGGAGGUGGUCUACUUCGUGGCCGGGGUCGGGGUGGUCUACAACACCCGCGAGCACAGUCAGAGAUUCUUCCUGGGGCACAACGACGACAUCAUCAGCCUUGCCUUACACCCAGAUAAAACCCUAGUGGCAACCGGACAAGUUGGAAAAGAUCCGUACAUUUGUCUCUGGGAUUCUUAUAGUGUACAGACUGUUUCUAUCCUUAAAGACGUCCAUACACAUGGAGUUGCUUGCCUGGCUUUUGAUUCAGAUGGGCAGCGUUUAGCCUCCGUGGGAUUGGAUGCCAAAAACACAAUCUGCAUCUGGGACUGGAAGAAGGGAAAACUCCUGGCAACGGCAACUGGUCACUCAGAUAGGAUUUUUGAUAUUUCGUGGGAUCCAUAUCAGCCAAACAGAUUGGUUAGCUGUGGCGUGAAGCAUAUAAAGUUUUGGACACUCUGUGGAAAUGCACUGACCGCAAAAAGAGGAAUAUUUGGCAAAACAGGGGAUCUCCAGACAAUACUUUGCCUUGCAUGUGCCAAAGAAGAUGUCACCUACUCUGGUGCUUUAAAUGGAGACAUUUAUGUCUGGAAAGGGCUAAACCUAGUCCGAACAAUUCAAGGAGCUCAUAGUGCUGGAAUCUUUAGCAUGUACGCUUGCGAAGAGGGUUUUGCCACCGGUGGACGAGACGGAUGUAUACGGCUAUGGGACACUGAUUUCAAACCAAUAACCAAAAUUGAUCUCAGGGAGACUGAACAAGGAUACAAAGGUUUGUCUAUCCGGAGCGUUUGUUGGAAAGCAGAUCGACUUUUAGCAGGUACACAAGACAGUGAGAUAUUUGAGGUGAUAGUGAGAGAUCGAGAUAAGCCAAUGCUGAUAAUGCAAGGCCAUUGUGAAGGAGAGCUCUGGGCCCUGGCUGUCCAUCCCAAGAAACCUUUAGCUGUGACAGGCAGCGACGAUCGAUCCGUCCGAUUGUGGAGCCUGGCUGACCACGCCUUGAUCGCCCGCUGCAAUAUGGAAGAAGCGGUUCGGAGUGUGUCUUUCAGCCCUGAUGGAGCUCAGUUAGCGCUGGGAAUGAAAGAUGGUAGUUUCAUUGUCCUCCGAGUCAGGGAUAUGACAGAGGUUGUUCAUAUCAAAGAUCGAAAGGAAGUCAUUCAUGAAAUGAAAUUUUCUCCAGAUGGUUCUUAUCUCGCAGUGGGAUCGAAUGAUGGCCCGGUGGACGUUUAUGCUGUUGCCCAGCGGUACAAAAAAAUUGGAGAAUGCAGCAAGUCUGUUAGUUUCAUUACUCACAUUGAUUGGUCUGUGGAUAGUAAACACUUGCAAACUAAUGAUGGAGCAGGAGAACGACUUUUCUACAAGAUGCCGUCUGGAAAACCCGUAAUAUGUAAAGAUGAAGUCAAAGGGAUUCACUGGGCUUCCUGGACGUGUGUGAUAGGAUCUGAAGUGAGUGGAAUUUGGCCAAAGUAUACUGAUAUUACAGACGUCAACUCGGUGGAUGCAAAUUACAACAGUUCAGUGCUUGUAACUGGAGAUGAUUUUGGACUGGUUAAGUUAUUCAAAUUUCCUGGUCUAAAGAAAGGAGCUAAAUUUAGAAAAUAUGUUGGCCAUUCGGCACACGUCACCAAUGUUCGUUGGUCACAUGACUUUCAGUGGGUAUUGAGUACAGGAGGUGCUGAUCACUCUGUUUUUCAGUGGCGAUUUAUUCCGGAAGGAGUGACCAACGGGAUCCUUGAAACCGCUCCGCAGGAUGGCGGCAUGGAUUCAUACAGUGAGGAAUCGGAUUCGGAUUUAUCAGAUGUUCCAGAGCUGGACUCAGAUAUUGAACAAGAAGCCCAAAUCAACUAUGAUCGUCAGGUUUACAAAGAAGAUCUACCUCAACUGAAACAACAAAAUAAGGAGAAAAACCAUGCCGUGCCCUUUCUUAAAAGAGAGAAGGCCCCUGAAGACAGCUUAAAACUUCAGUUCAUUCACGGGUACAGAGGCUAUGACUGUAGGAACAAUCUCUUCUAUACCCAAGCCGGAGAGGUGGUUUAUCACAUUGCAGCAGUCGCUGUGGUUUAUAACAGGCCACAGCACUCCCAAAGACUCUAUCUUGGUCAUGAUGAUGACAUCCUCUGCCUAGCCAUCCACCCAGUGAAAGACUUUGUAGCUACUGGCCAGGUUGGAAGAGAUGCUGCAAUUCAUGUGUGGGACACACAGUCGCUAAAAUGUUUAUCAUUAUUGAAAGGGCAGCAUCAGAGAGGAGUGUGUGCACUGGAUUUCUCAGCGGACGGAAAGUGUUUGGUGUCUGUCGGUCUAGAUGAUUUUCACAGUAUUGUGUUCUGGGACUGGAAGAAAGGAGAGAAGAUCGCAACGACCAGAGGACACAAAGAUAAGAUAUUUGUAGUGAAGUGUAACCCACAUCAUGUUGACAAACUGGUUACAGUUGGAAUGAAGCACAUCAAAUUCUGGCAACAAGCAGGUGGGGGCUUCACUUCUAAACGUGGAAUCUUUGGCAGCGUUGGGAAAUUGGAAACGAUGAUGUGUGUUUCUUAUGGACGAAUGGAAGAUCUAGUUUUCUCUGGAGCAGCUACUGGAGAUAUAUUUAUUUGGAAAGAUACUCUGCUGCUAAAGACAAUGAAGGCUCAUGAUGGGCCUGUAUUUGCUAUGCAUGCAUUGGAUAAGGGUUUUGUAACCGGUGGAAAAGAUGGAAUUGUGGAACUAUGGGAUGAUAUGUUUGAGAGAUGCUUGAAGACUUACGCUAUUAAAAGAGCAGCGCUAUCAACAAGCUCUAAAGGUUUACUUUUGGAAGACAACCCUUCAAUCCGUGCCAUAACUUUAGGGCAUGGGCAUAUCCUGGUGGGAACAAAAAAUGGAGAGAUCCUGGAAAUUGAUAAGAGCGGCCCUAUGACUCUGCUUGUUCAGGGGCAUAUGGAAGGCGAAGUCUGGGGCUUGGCAGCUCACCCUCUCCUGCCUAUCUGUGCCACGGUGAGUGACGAUAAAACGCUUCGAAUCUGGGAGCUCUCCUCCCAGCACCGGAUGCUGGCGGUUCGGAAGCUCAAGAAAGGUGGAAGAUGCUGUGCCUUUUCUCCCGAUGGGAAAGCCUUAGCCGUUGGGUUGAAUGACGGGAGUUUUCUGGUCGUGAAUGCCGACACUGUGGAAGAUAUGGUCUCUUUCCAUCACAGAAAGGAAAUGAUAUCUGAUAUCAAAUUUUCAAAAGGUGCAGCCCACAAUACAGGGAAAUACCUGGCAGUGGCCUCCCAUGAUAAUUUUGUUGAUAUUUACAAUGUUCUUACCAGCAAAAGAGUAGGCAUCUGCAAAGGUGCCUCUAGUUAUAUCACACACAUUGACUGGGACUCGAGAGGAAAGUUAUUGCAAGUCAAUUCUGGUGCCAAAGAACAACUCUUUUUUGAAGCCCCAAGAGGAAAACGACAUGUGAUAAGAGCUUCAGAGAUUGAGAAAAUCGAGUGGGAUACCUGGUCGUGUGUUCUGGGUCCCACUUGUGAAGGAAUCUGGCCAGCUCACAGUGAUGUCACUGAUGUCAAUGCAGCUACUCUGACCAAAGACUGCACUCUCUUAGCCACAGGAGAUGAUUUUGGUUUUGUCAAGCUAUUCUCUUAUCCAGUAAAGGGCCAACAUGCCAAGUUCAAAAAAUACGUGGGUCACAGCGCCCACGUGACCAACGUCAGGUGGUUGCAUAACGAUUCGGUUCUGCUGACCGUCGGAGGUGCCGAUACUGCUCUAAUGAUCUGGACUAGGGAGUUUGUGGGCACUCAGGAGAGUAAACUAGUUGACAGUGAGGAGUCCGAUACGGAUGCCGAAGAGGAUGGAGGUUAUGACAGUGAUGUUGCAAGAGAAAAGGCCAUUGACUAUACCACUAAGAUCUAUGCAGUAAGCAUCAGGGAAAUGGAAGGCACUAAACCACACCAGCAGCUGAAAGAGAUUUCAGUGGAAGAAAGGCAGGGAAUUGUCAAGGGAUCAAGGCCUCCUGUCAGCCGAGCGGCUCCUCACCCCGAAAAGCUGCAGAAGAACAAUAUCACCAAAAAAAAGAAACUGGUUGAGGAGCUGGCUCUAGAUCACGUGUUUGGAUACAGAGGGUUUGAUUGUCGCAAUAACCUGCAUUACCUCAACGAUGGUGCCGAUAUCAUUUUCCAUACUGCUGCAGCGGGCGUAGUUCAGAAUCUCUCCACAGGAAGCCAGAGUUUCUACCUGGAGCAUACAGAUGACAUCCUCUGCUUAACUGUGAACCAGCAUCCCAAGUACAAAAAUGUGGUGGCCACCAGCCAGAUUGGAACAACGCCUUCCAUACACGUGUGGGAUGCCAUGAACAAGCAGACUCUGUCUAUGCUCCGCUGCUUCCAUUCUAAGGGGGUGAAUUACGUCAACUUUAGCGCCACAGGCAAACUCCUGGUGUCCGUCGGCGUGGACCCCGAACACACCAUCACCGUGUGGCGAUGGCAAGAAGGUGCCAAAGUGGCCAGCCGCGGAGGCCACCUGGAGCGCAUAUUUGUGGUGGAGUUCCGCCCGGACUCGGACACGCAGUUUGUGUCCGUGGGAGUGAAGCACAUGAAGUUCUGGACGCUGGCCGGCAGCGCCCUGCUCUACAAGAAGGGCGUCAUCGGCUCCCUGGAAGCCGCCAAGAUGCAAACGAUGCUUUCUGUGGCCUUUGGUGCUAACAACCUUACUUUCACUGGUGCCAUAAACGGAGAUGUCUACGUCUGGAAGGAUCAUUUUCUUAUUAGGCUGGUGGCGAAGGCCCAUACGGGUCCAGUGUUCACCAUGUACACCACCCUGAGGGAUGGGCUGAUCGUGACUGGCGGAAAAGAGAGACCGACCAAAGAAGGCGGGGCGGUCAAACUGUGGGACCAGGAGAUGAAACGUUGCCGGGCCUUCCAGCUGGAGACCGGGCAGCCCGUGGAGUGUGUGCGCUCUGUCUGCCGGGGAAAAGGGAAGAUUUUAGUGGGCACCAAAGAUGGGGAAAUCAUCGAAGUGGGAGAAAAAAACGCCGCUUCCAACAUGCUGAUUGACGGACACAUGGAGGGCGAAAUCUGGGGCCUGGCCACACACCCCUGCAAAGACAUUUUCAUCUCCGCAAGCAAUGAUGGGACAGCCAGGAUCUGGGAUCUCGCGGACAAAAAACUGCUGAACAAAGUGACCUUGGGCCACGCGGCCAGCUGUGCCGCCUACAGCCCCGAUGGGGAGAUGGUGGCCAUCGGCAUGAAGAACGGAGAGUUCGUCAUCCUGCUGGUGAACAGCCUGAAGGUGUGGGGCAAGAAACGAGACCGCAAGUCGGCCAUCCAGGACAUCAGGAUCAGCCCCGACAACCGUUUCCUGGCGGUGGGCUCAGCGGAGCACACGGUCGACUUCUACGACCUCACCCAGGGCACCGGCUUGAACCGCAUCGGCUACUGCAAGGACAUCCCCAGUUUUGUGAUUCAGAUGGACUUCUCGGCGGACAGCAAGUACAUUCAGGUAUCCACGGGGGCCUAUAAACGCCAGGUCCACGAGGUACCCCUGGGGAAGCAGAUGACGGAUGCCGCAGUCAUCGAGAAAGUCACCUGGGCCACUUGGACGAGCGUCCUCGGAGACGAGGUCAUCGGGAUCUGGCCCCGCAACGCCGACAAAGCCGACGUCAACUGUGCCUGCGUCACCCACGCCGGUUUAAACGUGGUCACCGGGGACGACUUCGGGCUGGUGAAACUCUUCGAUUUCCCCUGCGCCGAGAAAUUUGCCAAACACAAGCGCUACUUCGGCCAUUCCGCUCACGUGACCAACAUCCGCUUCUCUCACGACGACAAGUACGUGAUCAGCACGGGAGGAGACGACUGCAGUGUGUUCGUGUGGCGAUGCCUGUGAGAAAAAGCCCCAACUCUGCUGCGUCGCCACCUCGAGCGACACCUGCGGGCACGUCGGCCCCUCUGGACGCUGCGGCUAUUCCCGAUGCGCUGCAGGGGACGGAUGCCCUCGUCCCGAAACCCUGGCUCCGGGGGAAGCUUUCCCGCCUGUGGCACACCCGCUCUCGAGACCAGUAAGGAAGCCUCACGCCGAGUGUCCGCAGAAUCUCCCCCGGCCCUCCCGCCAGCCCCAACUCUAAACCUCAGUCGCCCGCACGAUUCCGGAGCUCUUGAUUGGCAGGGGAACUCGAGAAGGGAUUUUUGGAGCACGAUUCUACCCACGUUAGGAAGAUUCACCUUUGGCAAAAACGUUUUCUUUAAAUCAGAGGCCGUUCCACACCCAGUGCUGGCAAAGACGGUGUCACGCUGCUCUUCGCUUUCAGCUUUCAGCAACCAAAUGAGCCAUGUACAGAGUCGAGGUUGUUUUUGUCUUUCAAGUUUAGUUUGCCGAGUUUUCUAUCCGUGAAGUGCCUUUGGAAGUUUCAAGUUGCGUGGGUUGUCCUCUCAGAGCCCACAGAGCUCUCUCUGCUUUCUACCCAUGGUGCUAUCCCCUUCGACUGAGGAGGGCUCACCAGGCAUCCUUAGCAGACGGGUGGGGUUUCCACAAGGGAGGCUUUUUUUUUAAUGCUCCGUAACUGAAUUCCGACUGGCCGGCCGCGGGCUCCCCAGGUCGCUGCUACAGGUGGGCGGAGCCGGCGGCCAGGGCGGUGUUUCAGUCCCCGGGGGGAGAGCCUUGGCGGCGACCUUGACAAGCUGCCGUUUCUUUAAGCCGCCAUCUCGCCAGAGGAGCCCAACUGGCAGGUGCCGGGAAGCGGCCCGGCCGACCGAGCCCGCUUUCCGAACCCCGCCUGCCUUCCCGCUCCGGGCGAGGCGCUGGUGGCGGCCGGCCCUCGGCGCACGGGGUAGGAGGGAGACCAGUUGACCACGGCUGAUUUCUCCUAGGUAAGAAAAGCCCUGCCGGGUGGGUGGGCCGGGCCUGAGCUUCUCUCCGCCCCCUCCCCCCCCCCCCCCAGCCCCUGGGGCUGACCCUGCGGCUUAAGGGGAGCGGGCCCCCCCCUCCUUGCUCAGCGCAUCCGGGGAGGCCGAGCUCUGCACACUGGGGGCUCUAGGAUUGUAAAACAAGGAAAAGAUCGGGGGGAGGGGGAAGAGACCGAGUCCCCAGCGCUAGCCUUCCUACAGUCGGUGACGGUUCCCAGCAGGUGAUUUCUUACCCAUCUUUUACCGAAGCAGCAGAUCCAAAAUGUGCUGACGCUGAGAGGGAAGGAAAAUGAGAGCAUCCGUGAGAGGGAGGAGAAAUGGACGGCUGGAUUUAAUCCCCGGGCCAGCAACCACAGUGGACUAGGUCAGUGGGUGAUACUUUUUUUUUAGCCACACGUCAUAUAAAAUGCCUUAUGUGAAUCAUCACAAGUUAGAGCUCUCACCCGGAGUCCCUAUGCAGUCUUAACUUUUGGUUCGGUAUUAAUACGAAUACGAUUAAUAAGUUAGUCCCCUGGUGGCGGUGAGGCUCGGGUGAUCACCUCGUUUGCCUACGUUGUACUGGUGUUGGCCUUUCUCAUCGACUGUAGCCUGCGUAAACAAUAAUCGCGUGGAAGAAUAAUGAACCGAUCCGUGGUGACAUGUGAUUCUGUAUUUAAGAGCAAUAGUGUCUGUGUCAGAAAGAAAACAAAAACGAGAAACCUAAGUAGAAUUUGUAUACAUUUCUAGGGUAUGAUUUCCUGUAGGGUGAAAACUUGCACUGUACUCUAGCUCCUGUAAACAAAGAUAUUGGUGCAUGGAUUUAUUUUUCAAUUGUUGACAUAAUAAUUUGAAGAUAUCUGUUGUCAAAUAAAUUUGGUUAAGUAAACGGUG